AUGAAAGGUAGCCGGAUCGAACUGGGAGAUGUGACACCACACAAUAUUAAGCAGCUGAAGAGAUUAAACCAGGUCAUCUUUCCAGUCAGCUAUAAUGACAAGUUCUACAAGGAUGUGCUGGAGGUUGGCGAGCUAGCAAAACUUGCCUAUUUCAAUGAUAUUGCAGUCGGUGCAGUAUGCUGUAGGGUGGAUCAUUCACAGAAUCAGAAGAGACUUUACAUCAUGACACUAGGAUGUCUGGCACCAUACCGAAGGCUAGGAAUAGGAACUAAAAUGUUAAAUCAUGUCUUAAACAUCUGUGAAAAAGAUGGCACCUUUGACAACAUCUAUCUGCAUGUCCAGAUCAGCAACGAAUCAGCAAUUGACUUCUACAGGAAAUUUGGCUUUGAGAUUAUUGAGACCAAGAAGAACUACUAUAAGAGAAUAGAGCCUGCAGAUGCUCAUGUGCUGCAAAAAAACCUCAAAGUUCCUUCUGGCCAGAAUGCAGACGCGCAAAAGACCGACAACUGA